AUGAAUGAUUCUACUUUGAUUGCUAUGACUUGUGUAAAGACCCCUCCAAGCAACAUGCCAACUCCAAUUCCAGGCUUCCUCCUCCCACGAGGACCCCCAUCCGCCCUCAUGCUGCGCGCUCUGCAGCGCCAAAAUGCACGCAGCUUCAGCUCAACAAGUGCCGCCUUGAAGAAAGCCAAGAGCACAACCCCAAAGCCCCGAGUCCUCGAAAAACCCGACCGAUUCCGUCCCCCAUCUCACCCCCAGCGUCUCGUGACCCCCUCGCCGAAGGGCGCACCACCCGGCCAACCAUUCGAAUAUGGCCCGCGAGCAACCGAGAAAGAGCGCGUCGAGCAAAGCCAAACGCAGUACCCUGGCAUGUUCCCGCCGGAGGGAACGGUCAUGCACCGAUUCCUGACAAGCAAAUGGAUCCACAUCUGGAUCUCAAUGAGCGUCCUCAUGGCCUGUGCAGGCUUCACAUUCUCAACAAACUUCAAAGCAACUUCUCCAUUCGCACACCUCCUUCCACCAUGGUCUGGUCUCUUGACUUCGCCGUUCUCCACCAUCGGUCAAGCAUUCAGUGUGUGGCGCAUGCAUGUGCAGCAUAACUCUAUGCGCGUGCGCGAGCAGCGUCAUCGCCGUGUCGAGGACGCCGAGAAGAGAAAGCAGUACCGUAUUGCGCAUGGGUUGGAGGAGCCUGAGAAAAAUCUUGACGAAGACGUGGUUUCACAGUCCCCUGUUGCGGAGCCUGCUGUUGCGGCACCCGCUGGUGAUGUGUAUGUUGACUUCGAGGGAAAUCAGAAGCCUGUCAAGAAGUGGUUUGGCAUUUGGUGA